AAUCAGGACGCCACGGCUCCACCUGAAGCAAUGGCCCAGCCCUACCCCCCCGCCCAGUACCCCCCUCCCCCUCAGAACGGCAUCCCUGCCGAGUACGCCCCGCCCCCGCCACACCCCACGCAGGACUACGCGGGCCAGACCCCCGUCCCCGCUGAGCACGGCAUGACCCUGUACACACCAGCACAGACGCACCCCGAGCAGCCCGGCACCGAGGCCAGCACACAGCCCAUCGCCGCCACCCAGACAGUGCCGCAGACAGACGAAGCGGCACAGACGGACAGCCAGCCACUCCACCCCUCCGACCCCACGGAGAAGCAGCAGCCCAAGCGGCUACACGUCUCCAACAUCCCCUUCCGGUUCAGGGACCCCGACCUGCGGCAAAUGUUCGGGCAAUUCGGGAAAAUUUUAGACGUGGAGAUCAUUUUUAACGAGCGAGGCUCCAAGGGUUUUGGGUUUGUAACUUUUGAAACUAGCUCAGAUGCUGACCGAGCCCGGGAGAAGCUGAAUGGCACGAUCGUAGAGGGACGGAAAAUUGAGGUCAAUAAUGCCACCGCCAGAGUCAUGACCAACAAGAAGACGGGCAACCCCUACACCAAUGGCUGGAAGCUCAACCCGGUGGUCGGUGCCGUCUACGGGCCUGAAUUCUAUGCAGUGACCGGCUUCCCCUACCCAACCACGGGCACAGCAGUUGCCUACCGGGGCGCGCACCUUCGGGGCCGGGGCCGGGCCGUGUAUAAUACGUUUCGAGCUGCACCACCUCCUCCUCCCAUCCCAACUUACGGAGCGGCACUGGAGCAAACGCUUGUUAAAAUGCCAGUCCCGUGGGCGGGGCUGGCGCCGUGCCCCCCCCCUCAGCAGCCUCCGGAGCCGGCCUACCCCGCCUCUCCAGCGUGCCCACCACUCUCUUGUCCGUUUGCUUCCAGGGUCGUGUAUCAGGAUGGAUUUUAUGGUGCUGAGAUUUAUGGAGGCUACGCAGCCUACAGAUACGCUCAGCCCACAGCAGCAGCCGCUUACAGCGACAGUUAUGGCAGAGUCUAUGCAGCUGCUGACCCCUACCACCACACCAUCGGCCCCACAGCGACCUACAGCAUUGGAACCAUGUGAAACCUUCCACCGUUUCCUUCUUGGACCAUGAAGGGUAAAAACAAAACAAAAAACAAAAAAAAAAUCACAAAA